CAACGCAUCUUUCGGGCCAUACAUCUUUCUUCGACGAACGCCGAGUCUCUUUCCAGCAAUGGAAACCAAACCUAUCGCUUUCUGCGAGCACCUCCAACUUUCCAGUGUUGGAGUGCAACCAGCGUCUAUAGCAUUCCAGACGCUAACCCUCGAAUCCGACCACUUCAUUUGUGUUCGAGAGAAGGUCAAUGAGCAGAACCAAGUCGUCAUCAUUGACUUGGCCGACGCGAAUAGUGUGCUACGGCGGCCCAUAUCCGCCGACUCCGCCAUCAUGCAUCCCCACCAGAAGAUACUUGCACUGAAAGCCGGACGGACCCUGCAAAUCUUCAAUAUUGACACGAAGCAGAAAGUCAAGUCUCAUGUGAAUGACACUGAUAUCGUCUUCUGGAAGUGGGUUUCCGAUACAACCAUCGGCAUGGUCACCGAAUCCUCGGUAUUUCACUGGACCAUCGCCGACCCCACAUCUCCCCCCCAGAAAAUCUUUGACCGCCAUCCUACACUCGGCGGCGCUCAGAUCAUCAAUUAUCGCGUCACAUCUGACGAGAAGUGGCUGGUCCUCAUUGGUAUUUCUGGAAACACGACAAACCCCUCUGCGUUUAAGGUCAAGGGAGCCAUGCAGCUCUACAGUCGGGAGCGGGGCGUAAGCCAGCCGAUAGAGGGGCACGCGGCGGCAUUUGCUGAGUUGAAGUUGGAUGGCCACCAGAAUCCGACGAAGCUCUUCACGUUCUCUGUUCGGACGGCCACGGGUGCCAAACUGCAUGUUGUUGAGAUCGACCACACUGCUCCCGACCCGCCCUUCGUGAAGAAAGCCGUCGACGUAUACUUCCCACCCGAGGCCACGAACGACUUCCCGGUCGCAAUGCAAGUCUCGAAGAAACAUGGCAUCAUCUAUCUUGUCACUAAAUUCGGUUUCAUUCACCUUUACGAUCUGGAAUCGGGUGCCUGCGUCUACAUGAACCGUAUCUCAGGCGAGACGAUGUUUGUGACCGCCGAGCACGAAGCCACGAAUGGGAUCAUCGGUGUCAACAAGAAGGGUCAAGUCUUGAGCGUCAAUAUCGACGAGCAAACCAUCAUCCCUUAUAUUCUUCGUGUCCUCAACAACACGGAACUUGCAUUCAAGUUGUCCAGUCGCGCAAAUCUUCCUGGAGCCGACGACCUGUAUGUCCAACAGUACAACCAAUUAUUCCAAAGUGGGCAGUACGGUGAGGCGGCAAAGAUCGCAGCCAAUUCUCCCAGGGGUAUACUACGCACGGUCCAAGUCAUCGAGGCGUUCAAAACUGCCCCGGCUCCUCCCGGCGGUCUAUCACCCAUUUUGCAGUAUUUCGGCAUCCUGCUGGAAAAGGGAGAGCUGAACCAUCUGGAGUCGUUGGAGCUGGCCCGCCCUGUGCUGCAGCAAGGCCGGAAACAGCUCCUGGAAAAGUGGCUUAAGGAGAACAAGCUUACCUGCAGCGAAGAACUAGGAGAUAUCGUUCGUUUGCACGACAUGACUUUGGCUCUGAGUGUCUAUCUCAGAGCCAACGUCCCCACGAAGGUCGUUGCUUGCUUUGCUGAAACAGGACAGACCGACAAGAUCGUGCUGUAUUCUAAGAAAGUGGGCUUUAGCCCUGACUACUUCUCUCUUUUGCAACACAUCAUGCGCACGAAUCCGGAGAAGGGAGCCGAAUUUGCAGCCCAGCUGGUGAAUGAAGAAUCAGGACCCCUCGUCGACGUUGAGCGGGUUGUAGAUGUCUUCAUGUCUCAGAAUAUGAUUCAGCCGGCGACGUCGUUCCUUCUCGAUGCUUUGAAGGAGAACAAGCCCGAGCAGGGGCACCUCCAAACUCGCCUCCUCGAGAUGAAUCUGGUUCACGCGCCCCAGGUUGCCGAUGCGAUCCUUGGCAACGAGAUGUUCACCCAUUACGAUCGUCCUCGUAUCGCAAACCUGUGUGAGAAGGCUGGUCUUCUGCAAAGGGCAAGUCAAGGAUAUAUUAAACGAGUUAUCGUUCACACUGCCGCUCUGCAACCCGAGUGGCUCGUGAACUACUUCAGCAACCUGACUACCGAUCAGUCAAUGGCCUGUUUGCAAGAGAUGCUGCGAAUCAAUAUCCGACAGAACCUUCAGAUUGUCAUUCAGAUCGCAACCAAGUACUCAGACAUUCUGGGGCCCGUCAAAUUGAUCGAGAUGUUCGAGAGCUUCAAGAGCUUUGAAGGCUUGUACUACUAUCUCGGUUCCAUCGUCAAUGUCAGCGAAGAUCCCGAGGUGCACUUCAAGUACAUCCAGGCCGCCACUCGCACUGGCCAGAUCCGUGAAGUGGAACGGAUCUGCAGAGAAAGCAACUUCUAUAAUCCAGAGAAGGUCAAAAACUUCCUGAAGGAGGCAAAGCUUUCAGACCAGCUUCCGUUAAUCAUCGUUUGCGACCGAUUCGACUUCGUUCACGAUCUGGUUCUCUAUCUGUACCAGAACGGAUUGACCAAUUUUAUCGAAGUCUACGUUCAACGAGUCAACUCAAUCCGCACUCCUCAAGUUGUCGGAGGCCUGCUCGAUGUGGACUGUGAUGAGGCGACAAUCAAGAGCUUGCUUGCGUCGGUCAGCGGCAACUUCCCGAUCGAUGAAUUGGUCCACGAAGUCGAGCAACGAAACAGGCUCAAACUGAUCCUUCCCUGGCUUGAAGCCCGUGUCCAAGCUGGCAGCCAGGAUGUUGCCGUUUAUAACGCCAUCGCCAAGAUCUACAUCGACAGCAAUAACAAUCCUGAGGCGUUCUUGAAGGAGAACAAUUUGUAUGACCCUCUCGUCGUUGGAAAGUUCUGCGAGAAGCGAGACCCUUACCUCGCCUACAUUGCUUACGCCAAAGGCUUUUGCGACGAGGAGCUCAUUGCCAUCACCAAUGAAAACUCGAUGUUCAAGCAGCAGUCCCGUUACUUGGUCAAGCGACGCCAGCCCGAGCUUUGGGCACAAGUUCUCGUCGGCGACAACAUGUACCGUCGCCAGCUCAUUGACCAGAUCUCUGCCACAGCUCUGCCUGAAUGCACUGAUCCCGAUGACGUUUCGGUUACCGUCAAGGCGUUCAUCACGGCCGACUUGCCUAUAGAGCUGAUUGAGCUCUUGGAGAAGAUCAUCAUCGAACCCUCGCCUUUUAGUGACAACAAGAACCUUCAGAACCUGCUCCUCUUGACCGCGAUUCGCUCCGACAAAGGCAAAGUGGUUAACUUCAUCAAUAAGCUCAAGAAUUAUGAUUACAACGAGAUCGCGAAGAUCGCCAUCGAGCAUGGCCUGCACGAGGAGGCUUUGUCCAUCUACAAGAAGUAUGAACAGCACGCGCUCGCAAUCAAUGUUCUUGUGGAGCACAUCGUCUCCAUUGAUCGCGGGCUAGACUUCGCCAACAAAGUCAAUAAGCCUGAAGUUUGGAGUCGUCUUGCCAAGGCUCAGUUGGAUGGGCUGCGUGUCAAGGAUUCCAUCGACUCGUACAUCAAAGCUGAGGAUCCUGCGAACUUCAUGGAAGUCAUCGAAAUUGCUACUCAUGCCGGCAAACAUGAAGACUUGAUCCGCUUUCUGCAGAUGGCUCGCAAAUCAUUGCGCGAGCCCAAGAUCGACACAGAGCUUGCUUAUGCGUAUGCCAAGACAGACCGGUUGCACGAUAUGGAGGACUUUUUGAGUAUGACUAAUGUUGCGGAUAUCCUGGAGGUUGGAGAGAAAUGUUUCAACGACGAACUCUACCAGGCCGCCAAGUUGUUGUUCGCCAGCAUCUCGAACUGGGCUCGUUUAGCCACGACUUUGAUCUAUCUGGGCGAGAACCAGUCGGCCGUCGACAGCGCCAGGAAAGCAGGAAACACUCAAGUUUGGAAGCAAGUGCACGCAGCUUGCAUCGAGAAAUCGGAUUUCAAGCUCGCCGAGAUCUGUGGUCUGAACAUCAUCGUGCACGCCGAGGAACUACUCGGUCUCGUUCAGCUUUAUGAACGCAGGGUGAUGGAGCAUCUCAAGCUCUAUGUCUCGCGAAUCAACAUUCCGAAAGUGCUCAAGGCUGCCGAAAAGGCCCAUCUGUGGCGAGAACUCGUCUUCCUCUAUAUCAAGUACGAUGAAUUUGACAAUGCCACUGUGGCCAUGAUCGAACGGGCUGCCGACGCCUGGGAACACAAUCAAUUCAAGGAUGUGAUCGUUCGUGUUGCCAACAUCGAGAUCUAUUACCGUGCCUUGUCAUUCUACCUGGAGGAGCAGCCGAAACUGCUGACGGAUCUUCUGACUGUCCUGAUUCCACGUAUCAAUCAUUCGCGCGUGGUGCGGAUGUUCCGAAAGCAAGAUCACCUUCCUUUGAUUCGCAACUAUCUUGUGGCCGUUCAAGAACUCAACAUCGAAGAAGUCAACGAUGCGUACAAUGAUCUGCUGAUCGAAGAAGAAGACUACAAAACUCUCCGAGACUCGAUCGACAACUUCGACAGCUUCAACACGAUUGCGCUGGCUCAAAGAUUACAAGCUUCUCCUCUGCUCGAGUUCCGACGACUUUCGGCCCAUUUGUACAAGAAAAACUCCCGCUGGGACGAGUCGAUUGCACUGUCGAAGCAAGAUCGACUGUACAAAGAUGCGAUCAUCACUGCAUCCGUGUCCGGAUCAACCGAAGUCGCCGAGGAGCUCAUGUCUUACUUUGUGGACAUUGGCAACAAGGAGUGCUUCUCGGCCAUGCUGUUCACUUGCUUUGAUUUGUUAAGAUCUGACAUUGUCGAGGAGCUCUCGUGGCAGCAUGGAUUGAACGACUUCUAUAUGCCUUACAAGAUCCAGAUCCAACGCACUCUGGUGAACAGGCUUGCUCAGUUCGAGAAAGAACUGAAAGAGCGCUCGAAAAAAGAGGUGCAGAAGGAGCAGGCCGAGGCUGAUGCACCUAUCAUCAAUCCUGCUCUUAUGAUAACAAAUGGCCCGGCUGGUUUUGGUGGCCCACCUCCGAUGAAUGGGAUGAACGGUGGCAUGAUGCCUGUCAGUCCUUCGCUUGUUCGCCUGUUGUUCAGGACACUAACCAACUGCAGCAAAUGA